AUGGCCUGCAGGGGCCGCACUCGACCUAGGGGCCUGGCCUGGGCCCUGCGACUGACCCUGGCAUGGAUCCUGCUGGGAGCCUGUGGAAGGAGCCACCCAUUCCCAGCUACGUCCCGGAGACAUCAUGGGCUGGUGGCCGAUCUGGGCACAGGCCAGUUGCACCUGGCAGAGAUGGACACACCAAAGACAUUGGGCCCUGGGAUCAUCCCAAGGCGCUGUGGGGAGCCGAACCCCGAGUGCAAAUCCUUCCUGGGACACCUCCAAAUUGCCCUCCGCAGUCGCUUGCGCCUGCUGCAGUUGGGGGUCCGCCGGGGGCAGCCGCUCUGCGCAGAGCUCUGCGAUGCCUGGUUUGCCACCUGCGAAAGUGCUAUCGCCUGCGGCCGCACUUGGCUCCCAUUCCCGGAAAAGAAGGGCUGCGAGCCGGACUGCACUAUCUAUGGGCAGACUUUCACUGACGGAGCCGACCUUUGCCGCUCGGUUCUGGGCUCCGCGCUGCCGGUGGCAGCUCCGGGCACCGCUCACUGUCUCAACAUCUCCAUCUCGGGGCUUCCGCGUCCCGGACACGGACGGAGGGCCCGGGACACCGCCUUCCCGCGCCCCCGCCGCCCUCGCACCUGGAUCCCGGACGCUGCGGGCAGCGGGAGCGGCAGCGGCAGCGGCGGCGGCGCCUAG